AUGGAAGCUGCGCCUUACAAACAGCAACUUGCGGCUGGGGAGAGUAUGGUAAGUGAGAAAACGAGGCUCAACGUAACCGUCAUAUUCCCAAGCAUCCUCUCCCUGCGGAAAUGCUUCUGCAGCGAGGCCGACAAAGGCCAAAGCCCUAAUGCCGCCGGGGAAGCGCAUCCAGCGCUGGACGAGCAGUUCGUCAUGGGCAUGAACGUCGCUGGAAAAGUCCUCCGGCGGUAUAUUCCUCCUUCCGAAUUCGCCAGGCAGAAGCAUAUGGAGAGCUUCUGGGAGGUAUCGCCGAAAGCUGAGGCCGGUGUGAAGACGGAAGCCCGGACAUCGCCGGAGAAGAAGGCUUUCUUGGAAGUGUGCCGGUCAGAGCUAAAAUGCGAUGGGCUGGUGAGCUGGGGAGUGCGCAGGAAGGUCAGGUACAUCGGGCAGCACCGAGAGAUGCCUCCUUUCUCGGGCUUCAUAACGAAGGAGGAGGAUGCUGAUAGGGCUGAUGGGAAACGAGUCGCGAAGAGGCCACGUGGCGGCCCCAGCAGCAAUGAUAGGAGCAGGAAGGAGCCGAGGCGUGACUCGAAAGACCGAUGGUCUAAGGAGAGGUACGAGACGGCCGAGCUGAAGCUCGUGGAUAUCAUGCAAGCCGAGGGGGCAGUGCUGGGGAACCCGAUACUCCGCCCGGAACUGAGGGCGGAGGCGCGGAAGUACAUCGGCGACACGGGGCUGCUGGACCACCUUCUCAAGCACAUGGCUGGCAAGGUGGUCCCGCAGAGGGAUGUGCGUUUCCGGAGGCGCCACAACCCCGAGGGGGCCAUGGAGUACUGGCUCGAGCAGGCCGACCUCAUUGACCUCCGGAGGGAGGCUGGGGUACAAGAUCCUUACUGGGCCCCACCACCUGGGUGGAAGCCGGGGGACGGGCCGGUUAUGGACGCUGCGUGUGCCAGGGAACUAAAGCAACUCAAGGAGCAGAUGGCCGAUAUGAGGAGAAAUUUUGAAGAACUGCUUGAUAAGAAGCAUGGAAGUGAAGAGCCACUGACUCAGACGAACGGAGACAAAGCCUGCAACAUCACAGUGUCUACUGCUGCGCAAGAAUCCCUUCUCGACUCUGGUUCUAGCAGCUCCUUGCAGGAAAGCUACAAGAGCUUAGUCACUAGAAAAUGCGUGCUCGAGGAGCAGCUGAGUGAAAUAUCCAACUCCCUGGACGGAAUACAGGAAGAGAUGAAAAAGCUAGUGAGCGAAGUAGAGAGGGCGAAGAAGAGAGCCGAGCCGGAGGCUGAGGGAAAGCCGUGUAUGGUGGUGAGGAGCGGCUUCAGGAUCUGCAAGCCCCAGGGCACGUUUCUGUGGCCCAGCAACGCCAGCAGCAUCUCGCCCCAGCUGCAGGUGGAGGAUUUCCUCGCGGUCCCCACCCCUCCGUCCGCCUCAUCCGCCACGUCAGCCCCUCCCCUGCCGCUCGCCCCUCCCAAGCCCGGCUCGCCCGUCAAGCCAAUGCCUCAGAUCCGCGCCACCCUGUCCGUGGCUAGGGCCGACCACUACGAGAAGAUCAGUGACAGGACCGGCAGUUCUGGCUCGCUCUCCUCGUUCCACCACGACAUUCUGCCACGUGUACGUAUCCCAGAUGCAGCUUUUCCGCUGCUACAUGUCAGAGCCAACGAAUGUGGGGCGCCUACGUGUCGGUCUCCAAGAGCAGACCUAAUUACAGCACUACCAGCAUCAUCUGACGAUGGGGAGAGCGAGCUGGCUGCGAGGGAUUUGGAACCGUCAGAUGCGGUCGCGGGUAGCAGGACGAUCGCGGAUCCGACGCACCCUGACUUCUCCGCCGGAUCAUGGCUUGCUCUGUCGAUUCCGCACCAUUCCCUUGUCCGUUUCUAACUUUUAUCCAUGCAUCUUCCCAAUGCCCCCACUUCCCCUUCUCCCAUCUUUUUACGAAAGUGCCCUCAUCAUAAGCACGAGCGCUGGUUGUACUCGCGGUGUCGUGGCAGUUUUGUAAUUUAGAAAAAACCGGGGCCCAAUCGUCGACGCCUCUCUGCCAUCUCUUUCGAAUUUGCAUGCGGGAAUGUACACAUUGAAUUCACGUGGUAGGAUUACGAUAGCAAAAAAAUUACGAAUUUCACUCUAAGAAAUACGGAUAUCACUGGUAUUUUCAUACUAAUACUUUUUGUUUGGGAAAUAUCUUGGAAGUUGCCUGUGUACGUGAACGUUUUGAGA